UGACGUCGUCUCUAAUCGCGCUCCUUCCACGGGAUCCGGAAAUAUACAGUGUUCGGUUCGCAGACGGGGAAAUUUGCCGUCAAUUUCACCAACAAUAUCACACUUCUACGAUCGUCACCGCCCGUUUGAACCCCUCUUACGGGUUGAUCAGUCCUUCUACCGUAGGAAAAACUCGUGUUAAGCGGCUGUAGCGCCUAGUUCUUGCCGUGCAACCUGUGAAGCCGGCUCGGUGUUAGCCUAGAGACGAUCUAAACGGACGCCGCCGAACAUGCCAAGCUAGCAGCCCUCCCCGACUGUUCAACCCUCCCCGCUCGCUUUUCUCUUCUCGUCGGUCGCUGGGAAGAAGAAAAUGAAGAAGUACGUGGCGUUGUUCGGGUCCUGCAUGUUUUUAGUGGCGUUUUUCUCCAUGUAUCUCAUGCUGGACCAGCUCAACCUGCACGGCAGUCUGCGCGGACGCGUGGCGAUGGAGAUGGGACAGACUGAGCUAGACUUCAUCAAGGAUAAAAUGGAGAAUCUGGAAAACGACAUCCACCACAACCAACAGAUCAUUGACGAGAUCAGAAACUCGGUCAAACAGAUCAUCGGUGGGGAGAACAUGUCAAAGUACAUCCCAGUCCAGAGGAACAUCCCAGCCCUGGUGGAGGAGGUGCCUGAGAGCCCCGUACAGGCCAAGAUUGAAGCUGGGGACUGUUCAUUUGUGGAGAGGCAGGGGGAGCAUAGGGACGAUGUACAGAUGUUGGAUGUGCUUGACCUGUUACCUUUUGACAACCCUGAUGGAGGAGUUUGGAAACAGGGCUUUGAUAUCCACUAUACAGACAGGGACUGGGACGAACAGCCACUUAAAGUCUUCGUGGUACCACAUUCACACAACGACCCAGGUUGGAUCAAGACCGUGGACAGGUACUACCUGGACCAGACCCAGCACAUCCUGAACAACAUGGUGGACAAGUUGAAGGUGGACUCUCGGAGGAAGUUUAUCUGGGCCGAGAUCUCCUUCUUCUCCAUGUGGUGGGACAACAUCGACGCUGAGAAGAAAGAAGCAGUCAAGAAGUUGGUAGAGAACGGGCAGUUGGAGAUAGUGACAGGGGGCUGGGUGAUGACAGAUGAAGCCAUCACGCAUUACUACGCCAUGAUUGACCAGCUUAUUGAGGGUCACGAGUGGAUCAAGAGAAAUCUGGGAAUAAAGCCGCGGAGUGGUUGGGCGAUCGACCCGUUCGGACACUCCCCCACCAUGGCGUACCUACUGAAGAGGAUGGGACUACAGAACAUGGUGGUACAGAGGGUCCACUACUCUGUCAAGAAACAACUGGCCAAGGAGAAACAGCUGGAGUUCAUGUGGAGACAAAACUGGGACCAUGGAGCGAGUUCAGACAUGCUGUGCCACAUGAUGCCCUUCUACAGUUACGACGUGCCCCACACCUGUGGUCCAGACCCUAAAGUCUGCUGUCAGUUUGACUUCAAACGACUGCCGGGCGGUCGAGUCAACUGUCCCUGGAAGGUCCCACCUGUACCUAUCAAUGACAACAAUGUAGCAGAAAGGGCUAAGUUACUGCUGGAUCAGUACAGGAAGAAGUCCAAACUGUACCGCAGUAACAUCGUGUUGAUACCACUGGGGGAUGACUUCAGGUACGACAAGGCCAUCGAGUGGGACCAGCAGUACGGCAACUACCAGAAACUCUUCGACUACAUGAACGGUCAGCCCAACUGGCACGUGGAGGCCCAGUUUGGUACGUUGUCGGACUAUUUUGACGCGAUGUGGGACCGUGCAGGCCUGCAGCCCGGCAGUUCAGGACUGGGCUAUCCUGUACUGAGUGGAGACUUCUUCUCCUACGCAGACAGGGAGGACCACUACUGGAGUGGCUACUACACAUCCAGACCCUUCUACAAGAACCUGGACAGGGUCUUAGAAGCACAUGCAAGAGCUGCUGAGAUUAUUUUCUCCCUGGCGCUGGCCCACUCCCGCCAUAUUGACGUGCCUAGCUUUCCCGCCAAAAAUGCCUACCAGAUGCUGAUAGGAGCCAGGAAGAGCCUGGGACUCUUCCAACAUCACGACGCUAUCACUGGUACUGCCAAGGACUUUGUGGUGGUGGAUUAUGGAACAAGACUCCUUCGCUCCAUCAUGGACAUGAAGAGGGUGAUGAUUGACUCCGCCCACUUUCUGAUGUCAGAGGACAAGCAGCAGUACGACCCCGAAACAACAACCACAUUCUUCGACAUGGAUGAGAAGAGGAUUAACCAUGAUGCUUUGCCAGAAAAGCCCAUUCUGCAGCUGAAUCAGCAGACCAAGGAGGUUGUUUUCUACAACUCGGUUGCCCAGGCCAGACACGAGGUGGUCAGGUUAAGGGUCAGCUCGUCCACUGUGGAGGUCCAGGAUGCCAGCGGGAAGGUCAUCCCCAGUCAGACCAACCUGGUCUGGACAGCAGCACAGGACUCUUCCACCACUGAAUACGAGCUUGUGUUCAUAGUGAACGUUCCACCCCUGGGUCUGAGCAAGUAUCUGAUCCGGGAUGCCGGCAGCGAGGUCAACAACCCGUACAACGCCCCGUCCCAGAUCACGCUGUACAACACGGGGUCUCCCGACUCUUCUGUCAGGGGCGUGUUCCACAUCUCACGCCCGAUCUCCGACAACCGAGACUUCACCAUCGAGAACUCCAGGCUCAGGGCCAAGUUUUCUGGGACAACAGGACUUCUGCAGUCUGUGACGACCGUGAAGGAUGGUAAGGAGACUGCAGUGUCUGUAGAGUUCCUGAUGUACGGAACACGAGAGACUAAGAAAGACAAGAGUGGAGCGUACCUGUUCUUACCAGAUGGAGAAGCAAGGACCCUGGACAGCAGUGGUAAAGCAGUGAUCCGGGUGAUUCGAGGGAAGAUCCUGUCUGAGGUCCAUGUCCUGAUGAAACAUGUGGAACAUGUCAUCACUCUGCACAGGUCACCAGGAAUCGAUGGUUGGUCGCUGGAGAUUUCCAACAUCGUGGAUAUCCGAGACCAGAGGAACAGGGAGCUGUGCAUGCGGCUCAAAACUGACCUCAAGAACAACAACGAGUUCUUCAGUGACCUAAAUGGCUUCCAGAUGCAAAGGAGAAAGACCCUGUCCAAGUUGCCCCUACAGGCUAACUACUACCCCAUGUCUACCAUGGCCUACCUACAGGACCAGGACACACGCAUGACUCUACACAGCGCACAGUCACUCGGAGUAGGCAGCCUGCAGGAAGGCUGGCUGGAAGUCAUGCUGGACAGGAGAUUGAACCAAGACGACAACCGCGGCCUGCAACAGGGCCUGCUCGACAACAAACGUACGCCAAACCAGUUCCGCUUGCUCCUGGAGCGGCGCCACCAAAGGACCUCAUCGCCAAACGGUGGCGGCCGACAAACGGGGGUGGACUACCCCUCCUUAACCUCCCACUCUGUCUCCCAGCUUUUAAAUCACCCUGUAUAUGCCUUCAUACGGAACAAGCUUCCCGGGGAGGGGCCGUCCGGGGACGUGAAACUGUCGUCCAGCGUACAGCCCCUGGUGAAAGCCUUGCCUUGCGACAUUCACUUUGUGAACCUGAGGACGGUUCAGGCCAUGGAGGCGCCGGCCCCCACACAGGAGUCCGUCUUGCUGCUACAUAGGAAAGGGUUCGACUGCAGUUUCCCUGCCAAUGGACUGAGCUGCUCUACAACUGGGGGAAAGGUUCCACUAGAAGACCUGUUUAGGGACCUGGACUUGACAGACAUCAAGGCGACAACAUUGUCCCUUAUGUACGACGGACAAGUUCUAAACAGUAAAUCAACCCUGCAGCUGGACCCUAUGGAAAUCAAUGCCUACCGGAUCAGGCUGGAUUAAACCAGUUUCAACUGGACUGAACCACUUCAGACUGGUUUGCUUGGUGGUGGAAAGGGUUACUAGUCAUUCCUGGGGUGGCUUUUCUGCUGGAUUUUAGGAAAAGAUGUGUCUGAACAUUUAACUAUGGCAAUAGAAGCAAAUGUGAAUGCUAUAUAAAAUGUAGAUUCGAUUUCUCUCUUGACAACAGGCUGGUCCGAGGUAUGCCUGCAUGAUAGUCAGC